AUGUUUUUAUUAUUGCAUGUGCCGAUGAUGAAGAAUAUCUAUUCCCGUUGUGAUCGAACGCCAGCGACAAUCGGCUACAAAUUGAUCGUCUUUUUGGCGAUUGUCGACGAGAUUCAGUUGGUCACUCAUUUAUAUGCAUCAAUUAUGAUGAUUUUCAAUUUGCGAACACCAGUGGCUCCAGUUUUGAUCCUCGGUGCUUUCAUCGAUGGUGCUUGGUUCACGACAAUUACCCUUACAUUCACGAUCACCGUUUUUCGUUUCAUCGUCGUUGCUGUCGAUUUUCUCAAAUACUAUUUUGUCACAAAUAUAGCAUUCUUUGUUAUGACUGGCAUAAAUCUCUGUGUAUUCCUCGCUUUCUUUUCCCUGAAUAUCUCAGGAUUAAGCAGGGAAAUCUUCGAUUUUUCUGAGUUUGGUUGGUGGUACGCGGAGAAUUGCGAGUUGAGCGAUUUCAUGAUGACCAUCGAUUUGUGGGGAUGCAGUAUUUUCUAUUGCAGUUCCGCCGUCAUCUAUGUUCUCAUUUUUGUGUAUAUUUUUGCAAAAAGAAAGAAGAAUCGAAACAAUCAGGAUAUCAGAUCGGCAUUGCAGGUACGUGAU